UUUUUGAGUGAUAAUUUCAGAUUUUUUUUAUCUGUGCAUCCAUCAAUGGAGGUUUCUUCUUUCUCCACUGUACCCAGAUACUGUAACUCUCGCUCCUCUGUUCCAGAGUCGUCCCGUUUCAGAGGAUUCAAAGUUCACUUAUUGGACCAAUCUCUUGUUCCUCUUCAUUUGAGCAUUCGAAAAAGAAAGACCACCCCUCGUUUUUUGAUUUCUUGCAGUCAGAAGAAAGAUGUCACUGUUGUUGAUGGAAGUUGUAUGGAUGAGAUAUAUGAUAAGUUGGCGGAACGUCUUGUCCCCACUGCAGCAGCAAUGUUUAGCCCCAAUCUUAAACGUUUGGUCGGUUUGGCUGGUCCUCCUGGUGCCGGAAAAAGCACAUUAGCAAAUGAAGUUGUGCGUCGUGUAAAUAAGCUAUGGCCUCAGAAAGCUUCUUCUUUUGAUGCUGAGGUUAAGCCGCCGGAUGUUGCUAUAGUACUUCCCAUGGAUGGGUUCCAUUUGUAUCGUUCGCAACUCGAUGCUAUGGAGGAUCCCAAAGAAGCCCAUGCCAGAAGAGGGGCUCCUUGGACUUUUGAUCCUGCGCUACUACUUAACUGUUUAAAGAAGCUGAAAAACGAGGGCUCAGUUUAUGUGCCAUCAUUCGAUCAUGGAGUUGGGGAUCCAGUUGAAGAUGAUAUCUUUGUUAGCCUCCAGCAUAAAGUGGUAAUUGUAGAAGGAAACUACAUCUUGUUAGAAGAAGGGUCUUGGAAAGACAUCUCAGAUAUGUUUGAUGAGAAAUGGUUCAUCGAUGUGAAUCUCGAUACAGCAAUGCAACGUGUUGAAAACCGGCAUAUCUCAACUGGUAAACCACCGGAUGUUGCUAAAUGGCGGGUGGAUUAUAACGAUCGACCCAACGCAGAGCUGAUAAUAAAGUCAAAGACAAACGCUGAUUUACUGAUCAGAUCUAUCAACAUUUGAAUCUACUCUCUUGGGGGAUAUUGCAUAAAAACAGAGUAAGAUGAAUAACGAAGACACAAUCUUGCGCUUUAAGGGAAGAUUGUCUUUUCCUUGUAAUGGAAACUUCCAAUAAGCAAUUUUGUUUGCAGUAAACUGUGUAUGCUAAU